AUGAGCCGAGGUAUAAAGUUGUCGAGGGAAAAGGAAAGAAGAUACCUCAGAAAGCAUCCAGCAGAUUCUAAAAUUUGGCAAGAGCUCGACGAGAAGCAUAAGUGGUUUGCAAAAGAUUCACGUAAUGUCCGACUUGGAAUUGCAAGCGAUGGGUUUAUUCCAUCUAAUGACCUCAAUGGAAAACCACACAGUAUUUGGCCUGUAAUUGUCGUUCCGUAUAAUUUGCCACCAUGGAGAUGCAUGAAAGAGCCAUUAAUAUUUUUGACUCUACUUAUACCAGGACCUAACAGUCCUCGAAAUGAUAUCGAAGUUUAUCUGAGGCCGCUGAUAGAUGAAUUAAAAGAGUUAUGGGAAAUUGGUGUGGAGACUUUUGAUGCACAUUCAAAGGAAGUAUUUCAGCUUCAUGUUGCGUUGUUAUGGACGAUCAAUGAUUUUCCUGCGUAUAGAAACUUAUCUGGAUGGAGUACUCAUGGGUAUCUAGCUUGUGCUGUUUGUAAUAAAGAUACACAUUCAAUGUGGUUGAAGAGUGGACGGAAGAUAUGUUACAUGGGUCAUCGUCGUUUUUUGCCUCAAAAUCAUGCAUGGAGAUCUAGGGGAAAACAUUUAUUUGAUGGAAAAGCAGAAAAAAAGCCAAAGCCAAAGGAGUUGUCUGGAGAUGAUGUGUUAUUACAUCUAGAAGUCGUCGAGCAGCAAGAUUUUGGGAAGGCGCCGAACACCAAAAAGAGGAAACGUUAUGAUUUUGAGUUAAAUUGGACAAAAAGGAGCACGCUGAUGGACAUUGAGAAGAAAACUAAAGAUACCAUAAGAUCUAGAGCAGACCUGGAAAGAUUGGGUUUGAAGAAGGAGCUGCAUCUAACUAAGAGAGGUAACAAGUUAAUUAAGCCACCUGCAUCUUAUACUUUAUCGGUUCCAGAGAGAAAAAUAUUAUGCGAGUGGUUGAAGUCGGUGAAGUUUCCUGACGGCUAUGCCUCAAACAUUGCUCGGUGUGUGAAGGAAAAAGAUGGUAAGAUAUCCGGAAUGAAGAGCCAUGAUUGUCAUGUAUUUCUACAACGGAUUCUUCCUGUUGCACUGCGUGGUUUCCUGCCGAAAAAUAUAUCCAGUGCAUUAUCUGAGCUUGGUGUUUUCUUUAAGGAAUUGUGUUCGAAAACACUAAGACUGGAAGUACUAGAGAAAAUGGAAAAAGAUGUUUCUGUACUGCUAUGCAAGUUGGAGCAAAUUUUUCCACCAGCAUUUUUUGAUAUUAUGGUUCACUUGAUAGUUCACUUACCUCAUGAAGCUAUUCUUGGUGGACCCGUGCAAUAUCGUUGGAUGUACCCAAUUGAAAGGUAUUUACGCACGCUAAAACAAUAUGUACGAAACAAGGCACGACCUGAAGGUUCCAUUGCCGAGGCAUACAUCAACAACGAAUGUCUUACUUUUUUCUCUAUGUAUCUACAUGGAAUUGAAACACGUUUCAACCGGGAAGAUCAAAAUCACGAUGGUGACUCUGGACAACCGGUUAAGGGGCUGAGUGUUUUCUCAAAUGAUGCUCGACCGCUUGGAGCUGCUAAAAAUGUGAUGUUGGACUUGAAAGAUACCAGCAAAGCUAGAUUUUGUGUUCUGAACAAUACUAAAGAGCUAUUACCGUACAUUGAACAGCAUAUGGAGGAACUAGAAAAGGAAGACCCUCGUAAUGUGGAUAUGAGACAUGAAAGAUAUUUUUCUAAAUGGUUUGAAGAACGGGUGAAUCGGUUGCGAGAAGAGAAUUCUCCUGCUGUUUCAGAUGAAAUAUAUUCACUAGCAGUUGGCCCUCAUCCACGUGUAGUGCGAUAUAGUGGGUGUAUCACUAAUGCAAUUCGAUUUCAUACAAGGGACCGAGAAGUAAACUUGCGAACACAGAAUAGUGGUGUUGUAGUAAAGGGGGAGCACCAGUCUAACUUUGCUGAUUUUUAUGGUGUGUUAACAGAUGUCUUACAGUUAAGUUACCUGUAUGGAAAUAAAGUUUUUAUUUUCAGAUGUGAUUGGUGGGACACCGACAAUAGAAGGAAGAAUAUUGUCACAGAUAGCCAUUUCACUAGUCUUAACUUCUUUCAAACAUGGUACAAAGACGAUUCUUUUGUUCUUGCUGACCAAGUGCAACAAGUUUUCUACCUUAAAGACCUUAAACUGCGUGGAAAAUGGCAUGUUGUUCAACAUGUGAUUCCUCGGAAUGUCUAUGAUGUCUCAGAAAAAGAUGUUGGGACACAACCAAAUGAUGACGAGGCAUAUCAGAGAGAUGAUCACUUCACAACAGAAAACAUCGUCCAAGAUAAUUUUGGAAGUUCAUCAAGUUGCAAUAAGGAAGUUACUAAUCCAACGUUUAAUAGAAAUGAUGUCGCAGCCGAAGAAGUUGAUAUAGAUACUGUUAUUGAUGAUCUUGAAGGUUCUGAGAACUAUAUUGAAGAAGAAUAA